AUGACGCCAAUUAUCCAGAAAUUAAGGAGAAAGCGCAAGCUUUCCUCCGAGUUGCACUCCCGCUGGGGUGAUGUGGCUAUCACCUACCCCAACGCAGGCUCCUGGAGUCAGUAUGAGCAAUCGACCGUGGGAACACCUAAUUCCAUGCCCGGCAAAAGUUUGGAUCAAUGUCGACGACAUGGGUCAUUUGAUUCCCUCCAUCCCCAGGGCCGCUCGUCCCGAAAUUCAUCUACGCUCCCUUCGGGGGAUUUUAAAGAGCGCAAGUCAUCUACUGAUUCCGCCAUGACGAUGCCGAUGGGCCACUACGACGCAAAACGGACGCUCUAA